UAACCUUCACAUGUGAGGGAAUCCUUCAACAUAGUGGAUGGCCUUCUCAUUGGUGGAGGCCACCAUCCAUCCUGCGCGCAACCUCGAGCUUGAUUUCGACCAAUGGCUGGUUAGGAUUGAGCGAGGGCUCUUUUAAAUCCCAACUGACGUUUAGUUGUCAAAGGCAUGUCCCGCAGUCACAUUCCUGAUUGCUCUCAUUGAUUAACAUGGGGGUUCAGGCAUUUGUGACAUUCCCUGAUGUGCUGGACGAGGCAGGGAUAUCCUUGUUGGAUGUUCGUCUAAAAAUCGACCCCAAGGCACCAUUUGUGGUCAUCGGAGACACACCCAACAGCACUUUUACCUCUAUCGUCAACUUUGCCUUGCAUUUGGCCAGGAAGUUUCAACUUCUAAGGAACGACCGAACGAUUUUACUGAAGGACGAAGAUCGGUUUCAAAAACUUAACCUAAUUCUGUGCGCUAAAAACAAAGAGACGUAUGGCUCAUUUGAAAGUGAUAUCAGUGACGUCUUAGAUUUGGCCCGGAUCACCUCGGAAACCUCCAACCUGGAUGAAUCCGAGGCGUGCCAAUCUUACCGAAGGUUCAUUCAAUCAAGCAAUUUAGUGGACUCGCAUACUUUGUACAACAUCCUCAAGAAGAGCAUAGCCGAACCCGAUUCCGAGUUGAAGAGCUAUCUCCAAUCCAUGCCCUACCAUUUGAUGAUAUGGAACCCUUACUUUGGACCCAAGUCCUUGGAAAUGGACUUUCUGAAACUGUUUUGCCCAGAAGGACCACAUUUACAGUUUGUGCAAGUAGAGACGUCUUUGGAUUCGAGUUUAAAGGAAGGAUCCUCCCCCGAGUUUCAGAUUCGGGUCAAUGCCUUGGAGGAUGUUCCCGAAUUAGAUUUAGAAGGCAUGUUUAGACCUUAUAGUCGCUCAGAAUCUGUCGACUAUUGCUUAGCUUGGAUGGAAGGCAUCUUAAGACUACUUGUUAACUCGCGGGAUGAGUUGGCUUUGGCCCGAAUCAUGAGCGGCCCUUUUGGUAUUCUGGGCCAAACCGCGUUCACCGUAAUCAAACAUCAAGCCCAAUCUAUCAACAUGCCACUAUAUCAAACCAUCAUCUCUUACGUUGGCAAGCUAAAAUUGGGUGGGAAAAGUUAUGCCCCUUGUACGGAUCACCCGUUCUAUCCCUACAACAAGGAACUUUGCCAGUUUGAGUCCUUAAUGGAUAAGUUGCACUCCAUGGUCGAGGAAAUCAAGACAGGCAGAGCAUUGACCACCAAGCUGGUUCAAGCUCUUCGAAGUUUUGCCCAAAAAAUCGAGAAAUUGAAAACAUCUCGCUUAGACACCGCUACUGAGAUCUGUUUGGAUGUCUUGAAUGCAUCUUUGCAGCUUAAAGACGACAUUCAGUUAGGAGCCACGCCCAAACGUGAGGUGGGAAAGGGCGGGAGCGUUGUCGGCCGGCAAAACAUGAAGAUCAUUCGUGCUGCAGUCGAUUCAUUAAGCACCCGAUCCCGCGUCAUCAAGGUGCACGUUCUUCUCGGGAAAAUUGCCCACAAACCUGUUUCCCAAUCCAAUUCAGUCAAAGGCACGCCAAUUCAGAUACCUUCCCUAGUGCAAUUAUUUACCUCGCCCGAAGAGAUUCCAGAGGAAGCCCCAAAGGACGAUACCGAUACCCAAGACAACACCACCAAUGACUUCACGCCCGCCAAGAAACCAAGUGCCAAAGGCCAUCCCAAGUAUGGUUCCACUUUUGCCUGGGCACCGGAAACGAGUCCAUUACUUAUCGGGUCGGCGGAAUUAGUUUCUAUGGCAGGACAGACGUUAGCUUGUCCAGCCCCCGGCGACACACCCCUGCGAUCGGAUAACAAGCGCAAAUUGGCCGAGGCAGUGGCUGAAACUCUGAUUCAGGAUGUGGAGGUGUGUUUGCAAGGAGGCAAGUUGGCCAAGGCUCGAGCUGAGGGAGAAAAGGCAUUCAAGCGGAUGAGAGAGGAUAAGACGUCUCGACGUCGAGUGGCCAAACGAUCCAUUUUAAAGGAUAUCGCUAACAUGAAGACGCCGACUAUCUUGGAGAAACCCGAACAUAACUUUGGAAGCUCGUCUAGUGACUCAGUGGACUUAAAAUCUAGGCCAGGCAUCAUAUCUACCAAAGAAAACCCGCUUAGUCAAUCCAUUCCUAAGAAAAGCAAGCCUUUGCGAAAAAAGGGUGUUCCUCCGCCACUUUUACACGGUCAAACCAAAUUAACCACUUAUUUUCGGAUAUAAUCUAAUCCAAGCUGUUGCAAUAAAAUUAGCGGUACACAA